UCUAUAUAAACCCUUCCAAAACCCUUAUUUUUCAUCCUUUUCCUCUCCUCGAAAACCCUUAUUCUGUAUUCCUUCAUAUUCUCUAUCUCAAUGGCGACACAAACUCUCUUUCGCUCUAUGCUCUCCAAGCCCAAAACCCUAACUUAUUUCCUUUUCCCCCCAUCCUACCGUUUCCGUUUCUCUUCCUUCACCGUCGCUUCUUCCACCAAACCCCUAAUCACCGCAUCGCCUUCUCCUUCCCUCUCCUUUCUCCGUUGUUCCCGUGCCUUGCCCUUUUUCUCUCUCUUCGCUGACUCCCUUUCCUCUGCCACCAAAUCCGGAAAAUUGUUCUCCACACGAGCAGUCAGGUCCUCCCUCAAUGAUCCAAAUCCGAAUUACUCGAAUCGGCCCCCGAAAGAGACUAUUUUGCUGGACGGAUGUGAUUUUGAGCAUUGGCUCGUUGUGAUGGAGCCACCUCCAGAGAAUGCUACUAGGGAUGAUAUUAUUGAUUCUUAUAUCAAAACCCUGAGUCAAGUUGUGGGCAGUGAGGAGGAAGCAAGAAUGAAAAUUUAUUCAGUUUCUACCAGACACUACCAUGCAUUUGGAGCUCUUGUGUCUGAGGAAGUCUCAUAUAAGAUCAAAGAACUUCCUGGGGUUAGAUGGGUUCUUCCUGAUUCCUACUUGGAUGUGAAGAAUAAGGACUAUGGAGGGGAACCUUUCAUUAAUGGGCAAGCAGUUCCAUAUGAUCCAAAGUACCAUGAGGAAUGGGUGAGGAACAAUGCUCGAGCAAAUGAAAGAAAUAGGCGAAAUGACAGACCUCGAAAUUAUGAUAGAUCAAGAAACUAUGAGAGAAGAAGGGAGAACAUGCAGGUCCGAGAUAAUCAGAAUAGGGAGAUGCCUCCUUCAAAUCAGGGCAUGCAGCAUGUUGAUCCUAAUAGAGCUGGAAUGCCUCCCAACAACAUGGGAGGGAUGCCUCCCAACAACAUGGGAAGGAUGCCACCCAAUAACAUGGGAAGGAUCCCACCAAACAUGGGAGGAGCAAUUCCACCAAACAACAUGGGAGGAGGAAUGCCAUCAAACAUGGGAGGAAUGCCAGGAAAGCAGCAGAAUAUGGGGAAUGUGCCACCAAAUCAAGGGUGGUCCGGUAGAGAAAUUCCUCCAAACAACAUGGGAGGAGGAAUGCCACCAAACAUGGGAGGAAUGCCAGGAAAGCAACAGAAUAUGGGGAAUGUGCCACCAAAUCAAGGGUGGUCUGGUAACAUGCCUGGAAAUGCACAGAACUUCCAAAAUGGCCCUAACUAUGGAAAUACGCCUUACCAAGAUGCUGCACCAAAUGCGCAAUACCAGUACCAGAAUAACUAUGCUCCAAACAUGGAUGGGGGAAAUAUGCCCGGUGGGAACUACCGGUCUUAAAAAAGUGUUUGUUUUACAUAAACUCGACUAUUUUAGAUAAUGCUGUAGAUAGAGGACAUGUCUAGGACUUAUGAUAUUUGAUACGUUUAUCAAUGUUCCUUUGUUUGCAUCCUAUAUCUUGAAAUUUGGAUUUGGUUGGAUGUUUAGCAUGAUGAUUAUGGCAAGAUUGGUGUUAGGUAAAAUUUUUACCGUUUAUGAGCUGAUUUCACCCAGGUUUAAGAUUUUAUCGCAUCCUAUUUCUUUUGAUACUAGUUGUUCCAGCU